UAUUUCUUCUUUUAUAGUUUUAUUAAAUUCAAGUAAUAAUAAAAUUGUUCUAAUCAAAUAAACAAAUAAAUUAUGGCAGCGAAUUAUUACUUUGCUAUUGUUGGUCAUGCCGAUAAUCCAUUAUUUGAAAUAGAGUUUAAUAAUUCUAGUAAGGAUACUAAGAAAGAAGAUCAUACACAUUUGAGUCAAUUCAUAGCUCAUGCAGCACUUGAUCUUGUCGAUGAGCAUACAUGGAAAACAACAAAUAUGUAUUUCAAAGUUGUAGAUAAAUUUAAUCAAUGGUUUGUAAGUGCAUUUGUAACAGCAACACAUAUACGAUUUGUUAUGGUACAUGAUAGUAAAAAUGAAGAUGGAAUUAAAAAUUUUUUUAAUGAAAUGUAUGAAACGUACAUAAAGUAUUCCAUGAAUCCAUUUUAUAGAUUAAAUACACCUAUUAAAUCUGUUGGUUUUGAAAAAAAGGCACAGCUAUAUGGCAGAAAAUAUUUAUCUUCGUAAUAAAUUUCAUUCAA